AUGUAUCCCACUCUCCUUCACGCUUGGAAAAAAUUUAAUCAGUAUUCAAUAUUCGGUAUCCUUUCGUUUAGGAGCCCAAGCAGAGACUUCAAGGUUCUGUCGCGUAUCUUCGGCGGGAGUCGCGGCACCGUCGUCCAGCACUCUAAUUUCCAGGUGAACACGUACCAGGUGCCGACAAAUGGAACCAGAGGUUUCGACACCCUUAAACAAUAUGUCUCCCCGAACGCGUUCUACGACUCCGACGAUCGCCCCGAUCCACCAAAGUGUCACGAGAAUACUCGCCUGGCUGUAAUUAAGAAGAUCAUGGACUGGGUCUUAGGCGAAUUCGACGAGGGUGCCCUCGUAUUAUGGCUCUAUGGGCCCGCUGGCUCUGGAAAGACGGCCAUAGCACGAACGAUCGCCGGUCUCUGCGACACCCAGCAUCUCCUCCUCGCAAGCUUUCUUUUCUUUCGGACAGAUUCCAGACGAAACACGAUGAAGUCGAUUGUUGCCAACAUUUCUUAUCGUGCAGCCCUUCGCAUUCCACAGCUACGAGCCUUCAUCGAGGAUGCUAUCGAGACCGACCCCCUCAUCUUCGAAUAUUCCCUCGAGGUUCAACUCACCAAGCUGUUUAUCGAGCCACUUCAAUCUCUGUUAGAUACCGGAAUUUCCUCUCAAUAUCACCUUCCGACUUUGCUCGUCAUUGACGGUCUAGAUGAAUGCCUAGAUGAAGCUGCGCAAGCUAGUCUCAUCGAACUACUAUCCAGUGUCCCCCGACAUUGUGGAUUCCCGCUCAAGGUUCUGCUCUCCAGUCGGCCAGAGCAGCAGCUGAAGUUUGCAAUCAACUCAAUCAGUCCCCCAUCGAUGGUUUCCUAUCUGGAACUCAACGACAGUUUCCACCCCAGCGAUGACAUUCGCCUCUUUCUCAUCAGCAACUUCGGACGACUAAAGGCGUCUCAUCCAUUGCGAACACUGAUACCCCCUUGCUGGCCCACAGUAGCUCAGGUAAACACGCUCGUUCAGAAGGCAUCAGGUCAGUUCGUCUACGCCGCUGUCGUCGCAAGAUAUGUAAAGUCGGUCCGGCAUCUGCCACCUGAGCGCCUGGACAUUGUUUUGGAUCUUCGACCACCUGAUCGGGACCUGCCGUUUGCGGAACUGGACAGCCUUUACAAGCACAUCCUCUCGCGCGCCGAGGAUAUCGACUUGGUCCUGAAGAUAUUGGGUAUUAGGAUCGCCAUGCAACGUGAUUCGUUUGCGCCUCACAUUCACGUCAUCGAGCGCAUUGUCGCCUUAAAGGAAGGGUCUGUGCUAGUCGCAUUGAGCGACUUGCACUCUUUGGUGGAGUGUGACGAUAAUGGUCAGAUAAAGAUUCACCAUUCCUCCCUUCCCGAUUUCUUUCUCGCCCCACAUCGGUCUGGCAGCUAUCACAUUGACAUUCCCGCCAUGCAUGAAAAAAUUCUGCUGUGGACCCUUGUACUUCAACCGGACUUCCAGAUUAACCCUUCCUUGUGGUAUACGAUAGAGCUUGACUUGCACCUGAAGGCGACCCGUUUUACCCCCGAACUUGAACGUGCUUUAUGGAAUUUUCCCCUAGUGUUAUAUGUAGAUAAUCAUCCGUUCCCUUUUAUCGAGGCCGCUCUAGCGGUCCGGUGGCAAAUAUUUGACGCCCUAGAGAUGCUGAAGCAGGACAAAAUCCUUGACCGUUUAUCCCUGCUACUAAAUCAACACAUGGUUCGCCGAAUCGAUUCCUGCCCAUCUCCACAACGAUUUGCCCUCAUUAGUACCAUCUGGUUCGCAUAUUGGCGCCAACCUCAAGACUACUGGCUCAGGCGAAUUCCAGGCAAUCUGGGACUGUCCGGUGUAUGGAAAAAGCUACGCGCCACACUCUUCAGUUUCGACUCCGCGGACGUCAAAUGGGAUCAGAAAAACUUCGAAACACUGCAACACCCAAUGCGUUUUAUGCCUAGGGUGUGGCAGUCGUUCCGCGACCUCGACCCAGUCAUAGCUUUAUUUGGUGGGAACAACGAGGCAGCGUAUCAAGAGCAUUUUUCGUCCAACAGACUGGUUCGGGUGGCUCUGGCAUGUCUCCAUUAUCUGCGGUGCCGAGGAAGUCGGGAAACACACCCUUCGCGACGAUUUGUCUGCACCUGGGCACGACGAUCCGCACGGACGCCGUGGCUCUGGAGGCUGCGGAUGCGCCUCACGUCCCGUAAAUCGACUCUUCCCAACCUCCUUUCCCGUAUCCAGUUCCCUCGUUGGCGACCAGAACGUACGUCUCCGAGCCUCCGAAAGCUGCCGCAGAUCCUAGAUUCCGACUACUUCCCGAAAAUCACUUCGUUCAUCACACGGUAUGCGAUGUACAUGCUAGCGCUCGACCUCUUCAACAUCGUCCUUCGUUUGACAAACGAGUCGCCAGAACUCACGCAGGCGCUCUCGAAGCCGUUCAUCUUCCAUCCUGCAACUAUUGCCCUUCCCCGGCGGACUAGGCAAGCCAAGCGUGCUAUUCGAAAAUAUCGAGAGAAGGCCCGCAUUUCGACGUGGGAGACGUCGUCCGAAGGUUCAUCUAAGGAAACUGAGUACCUGUCUUGCAGUGAUUCGGAAGAAGGAACAUAG